GAACUUCAAUACUCUCCUUACGCGAACUCUACAUGUCAACAAACAAUCUAAAGGAUCGACCACGUUGCCUGUCAAGCGUCAAAUAUGUUCAAAAACAUAUUAGGGAAAGUACUGAAAUGUAGUGAGACACCAAUUCCUCGAUUUCUUUUCCUUACAGACACAAGUGAAGUGUGUGGACGUGGUGUAUUAUGGUCAAUUGUACAGUCACAUCUCCAUAAUAAUGCCAGCAUCAUUUAUCUAUCAACUGAACUGUCACCAGAACACAUAAAAAGCUCUUUGAAUAUUGAAGAAAGCAAUGGUAAAUUACACUUUCAUGAUGCAACAGUUGACCCCUGUGGGUGGGACAAUGACCAGCCGAAUGUAAAUGUAGCACAACCACUCCAUAAUAUUAUGAACAGCAGUUAUGUUAAAGGCAGUGGUGGUACACAAAAAGUAGUGAUGGUUAUAGACAGACUGGAAAAGAUUGCUCUUUAUCAAGAUCCAUUACAGCUCAUACGAAGCUUGCAUAUUCUAGCUUCAGAGGAACAUGUGCAGCAGUUGAUAGUGUUGUCAGGAAGGGAUGUUUUACCAGAAAAUAUACUGUCUGCUGUCUGCCAUAUAGCCUCUGCUGUUGUGUAUGUCCUUCCUACAACUCCUUCUAGUUGCAAGGUGGUAUUAAAGAAGCCAUCUGGAAAAGUCUUAAAGUCUCAUGAGGAGUUCACACUAACACCUGAUCUCCAAGUCCAAGUUCGCAAAGCUCAAAGCCAAACCACUUUACCCUCUGCCAGUGACCCUGAAACCGAUGCCAUACUUGCAGCUCAGACCACAUUUAACUUGGCACUGACAGAUGACCAGCGAAGGGCAAAGAAUAACUUACUUUUACCACACACAAG